GCAGUUUUUGUGCGAAUGGAUAUGGACAAGCACAUUUACAGCUACGCACUUGGCCGCGAAGCAACAGGCGUCAUGCGUGUCAUCGCCAACAAGGGCGGCAUUGGUGUGCGGUUCAGCGUGGGCAACUACAAGAUUGCUGUCAUCUCUACGCAUCUCAACGCGCACGCGGGGGAGGAGCGGAAACUGCUGCGACACAACGACACACGCGAGAUCCUGAAGGGCCUCAUGUCGCUGUCCGACUUUGGCUGCGAUGCGCUGGGCGCAUUCCAUCACGUGUUCUGGAUCGGUGACCUCAACUACAGACUCAACCUCGAGCAAGUGCAAUCGCUGGAAUCCGUUCCGGAAUCACACGACGACAGAUUCAAACUGGUCACAUCGUGGAUCGAGAGCAGGGAAUGGGACAAGAUCAACGAGGCCGACGAGCUGCGGCCGGAUCGCAGCGCCGGUCGUGUCCUCACGGGAUUUCAGGAGGGCGCAAUGCUCUUUCCGCCAACAUACAAAGUUGAGCGGGCGAGCGAGCUACAGUACCGUGACCAGCGCAUCCCGGCAUAUUGCGAUCGCAUCCUGUGGAGGUCGAUGCCGGGCCUCGACACAGCCGUCACGCAGACCUCGCUCGAACCCCUCCUCACCGUGCCCACAUCUGACCACAAACCGCUGCGUGCAACGUUCUCCAUCCGCGUCAAACACAUGAUCGAGCGUCCCCCCACGCUGGGCCGCCGCCUUGUCCUUGUCUUUGAUGAGCUCGCCGGGCAUGCCCUCGCCGAUCAGGAUGUGACGGGAAAGAGCGACGUAUACAUCACGUUUCAGAGCGCGGAUGGCAUUCUCAAAUACAAUGGCUCAAACGCAAAGUCAACCAGGGUGCAGCACAGCACGCUCGACCCCACGUGGGCAGCCAAGGAGAUUCCAACGCUGGCGCUGCGCCCACACGAGCAGCAGCUUGAGCUGAUACGCGCGUGCCACAUCACCAUGGUGGUGCGCGAUUGGGACCGCGCCUCCAGACACGAUUACAUGGGAUCGGCACAGGUUCCACUGACAGACGUUGACGUGGGUGCUGCGACACCGUUUGAGGCGGAGGUGACGCGGUUUGGUGUUCGCCAAGGCACGCUCACGGGCGCGUUCCGCCUAGCGCUGGCAUGACGGUGGCGAUGGUGAUGAUUUGUGUGUGUGUGUGUGUGUGUAUGUGUGUGAGGGGGGGGGGCGUUCCGAGGGAAGAGAGCGAGACGAGACGAAAGGAAAGAGGAGACGGAAAUGACCAAGGGAGAAGAAGAAACACAACAACAACAACAACAACAACAACA